AUGCGCAUCUCGACUCUGUGGCUCAUAUCGGCGGCCACCGUGGCUCUCGCCGACGGCAUUUCGCUGGGCUGCUACGACACGACGGCCACAGACAUGGUGAGCGCGUCGCAAGACAACUUCAUGUCGUCCAAAGCAUGCAACGACGAGUGCCGCAGCCAGGGCAAGGCCGUGUUCAUGAUCAACGAGAAAUCGUGCUGGUGUGGCGGCUCCAUCCCGGCGCCGGGCGCAAAGGCAUCGCCAGAAAUGUGCAACAACCCCUGUCCCGGCUACCCCGCGGAAAACUGUGGAGGCAAGUCCGGCAACACGCUCUUCUUCAACUUUUACCAGGCCACUAACCAGGACGGCUCGCCCGUGGUCAACUCGUACUCCACCCAAAAGGCCCAGAGUACCGCCACCACCCCAUCUUCGGCCUCGUCCAGCGCGGCCGCCACCUCAUCAUCAUCAUCAUCCUCCACCGAGCAGCCCUCGUCCAGCUCCUCCGACGACACCUCAUCCAACACGCCAUCGUCCACAUCGUCGACCCAGCCGCCAUCCACGACAACCACGUCGACGUCCUCGUCCGACUCGUCGAGCUCCACCGACUCCACCACCGGCAGCACGUCGUCAGACUCCACCUCCCACACCACGGGCUCGCCCACCACGUCACCCACGCGGACAUCGGGCACCAGCAUGACGUCAGCGUCUUCGGACGCGCAGAGCUCGGCCUCAGCCACCGCAGGAGCGCUCACGGAGGAGGAGAAGGACAAAAAAUCCGGUGGCAUUUCCGGUGGCGCCAUUGCCGGUAUUGUCAUUGGCGUGGUGGCCGGCAUUGCGCUGGUCGGACUAGCAUUCUUCAUUCUGCGACGCCGACGCCAGUCGUACGAGUACCAGACACAGGCCUCGGACCGGUACGGCUUCACCGACGACCCGUUCACCACCGCAGCUGAAGACAAGAUGAACUUCAGCCACAAUGGCACCUCUGCGUUUGUGCCCGUGGACCAGCGGCUCAACCCUGCGCUCAUCAACCAGCGGCGAAUGAGCGAGGGCUCCAUUGCCGACGAGCAGGACUACUCGCGCAAGAUUCUGCGGGUGGCCAACCCCGAUGCUUAG